AUGUGUGUUAGAUUAUUGGAUGCAAAGUCAAAUUGGAAUGUUCCUGAUCAGUGCUUGGAAUACUUUGCAAAAAUGAUGUUGGAUGCGACUCCUACGAAAGACAACUUGCCUACAAGUUAUUGUGAUGCAAAGAGGUUGGUGUCGAAGUUGGGUUUAGAAGUACGAAAGAUUGAUUGUUUCAUAAAUAGAUGCAUGUUGUUUUAUGACAAUGAGUUUGGUAUUAAUGAUGAGGUGCUAGAGGAAUUUAAGUUCUAUAAGAGUCCGAGAUAUCAAGUUCGUAGUAAAGCCAUUAGCCGUAAACAAAAACGUGUAGCAGUAAAGUCCAUAUUUUAUUUGCCGAUAAUACUAAGGUUAAAAAGAUUGUUUGCUUCAAUGCAUAAUGCAAGUCAAAUGACAUGGCAUCAUACAAACAAAACAAGUUCAUGCACUAUGCGACAUCCAUAUGAUGGUGAGGCAUGA